CCGGACGGUUUCGAUUGUGACACACAACGGAAGUGGCGCCAUUGUUGUGUGUCGUGGCUCUGAGCGGCUGUGAGUCUUUUCUCUCGACUCUGCUGUAAUAUUCACUCAUUCAGCUGCGUUGGAAAGAGCUGCACUCAUCUGUACACACACUUGAGAUAUUUCAACGGCCUGGAUAUGUCCUUCAUAUUUGAUUGGAUUUAUAGUGGUUUCAGUAGCGUUCUGCAGUUCCUGGGGCUGUAUAAGAAGUCGGGCAAAUUAGUAUUUCUCGGUCUGGACAAUGCUGGCAAAACGACGCUACUGCAUAUGCUCAAAGACGACAGACUGGGUCAACAUGUGCCAACCUUACACCCCACCUCAGAAGAGUUGACGAUCGCUGGUAUGACCUUCACCACGUUUGAUCUGGGUGGUCACGCUCAGGCUCGACGAGUGUGGAAGAACUACCUCCCCGCCAUUAACGGCAUCGUCUUCCUGGUGGACUGCGCAGAUUACGCCAGACUGGCCGAGUCCAAAACAGAGCUUGACGCACUAAUGACAGAUGAAACCAUUGGAAACGUGCCCAUCUUGAUCCUCGGCAACAAGAUUGACAAACCUGAAGCCAUCAGUGAGGAGAAACUGCGUGAGAUCUUCGGACUGUACGGUCAGACGACAGGAAAGGGCAACAUUCCCCUCAAAGAGCUGAACACGAGGCCCCUGGAGGUGUUCAUGUGCAGUGUGCUGAAGAGACAGGGCUACGGAGAGGGCUUCCGCUGGCUCUCACAGUACAUCGACUAGAGGAAGAGGAAGAGAAGCACGCUCAUCCCGCCUUCACACGACGACUCGACUCCCACAGACUGUUAUCGUUCAGCUCAUCAACAUGAUUUCUUACCAAAACAACAAACCUGCAGUGAUUCUGCAAAUGUGGUCAAUUCCAAACAAUGAGUCUUCGCAUUGACUUUCACUUUUCUUUACUCUGUAAUUUGAUGGGGAUUUUUUUUUUUUUUUUUCGUUGAUCUCUCUCUGUCCAUCGGUGAAUGAUUCUGCGUGUACUGACCGCACCACAUACAAUCGUACACAGCUUCUGAGUCAUCUGCCUCAUAUACUUCAAACAGGAAGUGCUUUGAUUCUCUCCAUUGUUUGUUUCCUGUCGCGAGACCAUGGUCCUCAGGCUUUAAGAUGAAGUCGAGACUGUCUGUUAAUGCUCUGAUGUGGCUGUGUUGAAUUGCAUAUCUGUUUUUGUUCUCCCAAAAAAUUAAAACAAGUGUACUGCCACAUUCAGGAACUCAUUCCCAAAGUUACUGUAAACUGAAAUAGACCAAUAGAUGCAUUUCCUUUCUUAAUAUGAUUUGGAAUUGAAGACGGGCACGGCAGUAAAUAUCAUUACUGACCACGAGUGUCUGAUCAUUCGGGCGAAAGCAGAGCAUGCCUUUCUCACAAAAACAGAUGAUUAUAUUUACCUGCUAAUGACUAGUAACGUGAUGAUGGUGGAAAGUGGACACACACGUGAUGAUGAUGAUGAUGAUGUUUGAAGCUGUCUGAAAGCAGAGCUUGCCUUGAACAGAAGGGUGCAAGGGAGUGAAAUAAGGAUAGCUGAUGAUAAAAUGUAAUUUAUAUAAAUGCCAUAUAUGGAUUUUUUAAAGCUGUCCUUAAUUUGAAUAACAUGGAUGAAAAAAAACAUUAUGCAUGCCUUGUUUCCAUGAUUAUUAAUUUUUAUUAGUUUUUUUUUUUUUUUUUAAUAAACACAUAACAUAGUGUAAAGCAUCUAAAAUGGGAUGAGAUGCCAAGGGCACAGUCUUCUAGGUCUAUUUCUAUGGAGUCGCAGUGGAAUGGCACACAAAUGCGUUUUAUUUUCUGUACUGUCCUUCCAUGUAUCAUUGUCAUUCCAUGAGCUGUUCCAUCUACGAGAGAUACAGUUGUUUCCAUCAGAAAUUGUAAUAAAUGUUUGCAAUGAAAGCAA